UCCCAUCUCUAUUAAACUUUCGACAGCCUGGCAACCCUGUGCGUCAAAACAAGAAGAACAGAGUAGAAUAAAUUAAAUUACGUUUAAAAAGCUAAACAAUGGGCGUUUUGGACAAUGUUAGGAAUUUUUUCACGGGGGACGCGUCAAGGAACAAGAACUCCUCAAUAAUAGCUGGUCUGCUGUUUUUCGCAGGAUGGUGGGUCCUAAUCGAUGCCAUGUCCAUCGAUGGAAAACACCAAAUUACCACAGGACAUGUCUUUAUCGGCAUCUUCGGCACCAUCAGCUUUUGCAUGGUGAACAUGGUCAAGGGAGAACAUAUUUCGGAGGAGAACUCUUCGGAAUCGGGAGCCAGGAUAGCCAAGAUCUGGCUGCUAGUGGGCUUCCUCAUGGGCUUUGCCUCCAUCAUUGCCGCUAUUUGGGUGAUGAUUGACGAUUUCAUCAACAAUGAAAAGAAAGAUGGCUGGUUUGGAGUAGCCCUGCUGAUGCAGAACGUCUUCAUUUUGUUCGCCAGUUUUAUCUACAAGUUCGGCCGCAAUGAAGAGGAGUGGAACGAGUAGAACUUUUAUCCAAAACGAUGCACAAGGGAACGCUGCUUUUAGUAUCUAGACUCAUACGUACAUAUUCAGGAGUCCAAGGAGUUUUUGCCGGAGGCACUAUGUACCAUCACCACCAAAAGCCUCACCCCAUUUUUAGGCAUAACUCGUACACCUCUGUUUCGAGUAAGAUUCAAAGGAAUCGGAACUGAUGAAGUUUUCUGAUUUUGCCAUUAUGAAUCGAAAUAGAUAGCAGAGUGGGGCUAAUAAUCUCAUUUAUACUAAACAUAAUAAACGACAAGUCACUUGCGUAAAGGCCA